AUGGGGGGGCGUGGUGGGGGCGGUGAGGGGUGGGGGGGUGGGUGGGGAGGUAGGUGUGGGGUGGGGUGCGGGGGGGGGGUGGGGGGGCGGGGUGGGUGGGGCGUGGGGGGUCGGGGGGGGGACAUGCUUAAGUGGGAGCUUUUUGCCUUGGCCGUUGCCGGGUGGGCGUGUGGGGGUGGGGGGGGGGGGGGGGGGGAUGUUGGUAGUGGGUUGGUGGCGGGGUGGGGGGUGUUUUGGGGGGGGUGGUGGUGUGCUGAGCGGUGUGGCGGUAAGUACGGGGAUGGGUGGGGAGGGGGGGGGGGGUGUGGGGGGGGUGUUGGGCCGUCGGGGGUUGGAGGGGUUGGCUGGUUUGCGGGUAGGGGGUUAGGGGUUCGCGUUAGGUGUUGUGAGGUGCAGGGGUGGGGGGGUGGCGCGGGUUUGGGGAGGGCGGGGGGGAGCGGGGUGUUUGUGGGUGGGGGGUUGUAUGAGGGGUGGCGGGGGGUUGGGGUCUUGGGCAGGGGGGGGCGGGGGGGGGGGGGUUGGAUGGGGGGGGUGGCGGGUGGUGAGGAGGGGGGGGGUGGGGUGGCGGGGGUGGGUGGGGGGGGGGGGGGGGGGGGGGGGGGGAGGGGGGGGGUGGGGGGGCAAGGUAGGCGGGGGGUGGGGGAGGUGGGGUGGGGGGGGGGGUGGGGUGGGGAGGGGGUGGGGUGGGCGGGGGGUGGGCGGUGGGCUGAGAGGGUAGGUGGGGGUGUGGGGGUGGGGGAGGUGUUGCGUGUGUUUGUGAUGGGGGGUGGCGGGGAGGGGGGGGGUGGGGGGGCGGGGCGCGGGGCGUGUGUCCUGGGGGGGAGGGGGGGGCGGGUUGGGGGGUUGGGCGGGUCGGGGGGAGGGUGGGGGGGGUGGGGUGGGGGGGGGGCUGUGGUGGCUGAGCGGGGGGCGAGAGCGUGGGUGGGGGAGGAGCGGUGGGCAUUGGGGGGAGGGUGGGGGGCGUGGGGCAGGGAGGUGAUGGGGGUGGGGGGGAGGGGGGUGAGGGGGGUCGGGGGUGGCGGGCGUAGGGGGGGGGCGGGUGGUGGCGAGGGGGGGACGGGGGGGAGGUGGGGGGGGACUAGGGGGGGGGUGAAUGUGGGGGGGGGAGAUGGAUGGGGGGGAGUUGCGGGGUAG